AUGAAGGAAUUUCUCGACUCGGACAGGCUCAACUUUCUAGUCUGGAGAUAUUUGCUUGAAGGAAAUUAUCGAGAAACGGCUGCCAAGUUCCAAAAGGAAUGGCGCGUUAAAGAACCGCAUAGACAGUUUGAUUUUGCACCUCAUGUUCAAAAUCAUGCUCUUGUUUCCAUCGUGAACCGGGGGCUUGUGUACUGCGCCCUGGAGAGGGAAUUUGCCGAGUCACAGGUGCCUCAAACUGCUUCGGGAGAACCCCGGGAGGCGCCGCAUGGUGUUUUUGGACCCUUGAUUGUACAACCCCCAGCGCCAUUAAAAGCGCACAAAACAACCACAUCAGCCCUCGAUGCUGCAACAGAAGCAGGCGGCACAGCGACGGCGGCGCCAGUGGCAGCAAACGCAAAUGUAGCUGACACCACUGAUGCUGAUGCCGAUGCCGAUGCCGAUGCCGAUGGAGACGCGGACCUGGAUGCAGAUGGUGAUGCAGAUCCUGAUGCCGACGCAACUGGAGAGGAGGACGACAUUCUUCCCACAGUGGAGGGAGAAAACAACCGAAAGCGACAACUGCAAGCGGCCAACGGCUCGCCAAUGAAGCGUGCUCGGCUUGGACAUGGCUACGAAAAUGGAGUAGAGACUGGACCGACGCCCAUGGAGAUUGACGAGGCCGACAGUGGCAACAACAACAACCACGCCUACCCGUCACCACUGGAAGUGGACCAGAUUGCGACGCCUCCUCCACGGACUUUCGGACCUGAGCAAGGCACGCAGGUUGACAAGGUUGAUGAACUGACCCCCGAAACCAUUUUUCUAAGCACGUCUGCCGAGGAUGCAUCAACAAACGCGGGCUCUGGCGCUGUGCCACCUGCGACGCCGCCAACAGAAAACACACCGUCCCGGAGUCAACCCAAUCCUAUCCUUCUGCAUUGCGAGUGGAGCCCCAAUGACCCAUCAGUCUUGGCGGCUGCUGGAACCGAUGCGCUAGCCCGCAUUUGGACCGUUUCGCGUCCCACCCAGGCUGGGCCCGUGCCUGGACAUGCGGCAGAUCACGUGAGCAGCGUCUACGGCAAUUUAACCGAGGAUGAUGCCGCCCCUGAUGCUGUUAUAACUGCUAUGGCAUGGAACUGGGACGGCAGUGCUCUCGCCCUUGCCACAGACUCGGGGAACAAGGCACGGAUUAGCAUAUGGGCUGCCGAUGGCACGCAUCUGCAGCGCUUCGAUGUUGCCGAACCGCCCAUCAUUAAGCUCAAAUGGCAUCCCAACAACACUUGUGUUCUUGCUGUAGCGCCCGACACUGAAGGGACUCUUGUUACGGUCUUUGAGACUCAGGUGUCGCAUACGGUAUCAUACAGCCUACCCAGUCAUGACCUCGACGCAAAUCCCCUUGACGCUGCAUGGAUUAGCGAUACCGAGUUUCUGCUAUGCGGAGGAAGGCUGCUGGAGUCUUUCAAAUACACAGAGACGGAGAUUACCCUGGCGAGAAAAUUCCCUACAAGGGAGAGCGAUAUCUUUACCCAGGUUCAGUUUGAUUGGCGGUCCAAAUUGGUGGCAACUGCCAGCGAGACGGGCGUGAUAGAUCUCUGGGAUGAGUCUGGUCAGCGUCGAUCUAUUCCUGCACACUCAGGGCCCAUAACGUCACUAUCAUGGCAACCGUUGCAAGGCAACCCACCAGAUGAGGAGAGAUUACUUGCUUCAGGCGGGGAGGAUGGAAUCAUCUCCGUUUGGAACGCGCGAGUGCCCGAGAACAAGCCGAAGUGGUCGAUGACCAUGGAGCCGCCCAUCGUGGCGUUGUCGUUUACGCCCGACGGUGCCUUUAUCGCUGGGGCGACUACGGACAGGAUACUCAUAUGGAAAGUGGGCGAAUAUUCGAUCCCCAGGGCGAGCUGGAGCAGAACGUCUCAUGCGGGUUGGUCCAACUCUAAACUUGUCAAUGGUUCUCCGGCCAGUAUCGAAGAUACCCACUGCUUGUGCUGGGAUGCCAGCGGCCAAAAAUUGGCCUAUGGUACCAACAGCUUAAUCGCUGUGAUCAACUUUAGAUAA